AUGGAAUAAUAAUUGCAAAUUCUCUUUUAACGUUUAGAAGAAUUCAAAUAAGAUCAGAAUGAAUAUUGGGAAGAAGUGAAAUAAUUAUCAGAUGAAAUAGAUGAGAAUCAAUUACCUGUGAUAUUAGAGAAUGAAGAGGAUUGUAAUUCUUCAGAGAUACUUACAAUUCUGAAUUAAAUUAUGACAUUAGUUAAUCAUUUAAGAGAAGGAGAAAUUAAAGUAUUUUAAUGUUUUAAUUAGAUAAUUGAAAGGUAUAAGCAUGAAUUAAAACAAUUAGCACUUGAAUUAAAGGAUACUUAAUAAUAUAAUAAAGAAAUGAGAUCAAUAAAUAUAUAAACUGAUUAUGAUCAUUAUGAGAAAAUGUAUUUUUAAGAAAGACAACGUUAUAUUUAAUUAGAGAAGAAGUUUGAAGGUCUUAAGAAACUUGAUGAAUCAUCUUUUAAAUAGGAUGUUAUAAUAGAAUUGGCUACUCUAAAAAAUAAAAUAUAAAUAUUGACAGAAACAUCAACAGAAGCUGAAACAUUAUUAAUAAAGAAGGAUUAAUAAGUUAAAGAAUAUUAAAAAUAAUUACAGAAAUGUUAAAAAGAAUUAACUUAAAAAAGAAGUGAAUUAUCUAGUCUAAAUGAUUAAUUAAAAAGUAAAGAUAUCAAUUUAUAAAUGUCUCAAAAUAUGAAUAGAACAUAUGAAACAGAAUUAUAAAAAGUUAAUAAAAAAAAUAGUGGAUCUUAAAAAAGACCUACUAAAUGUUAUGAAACAUUAACACUUGAAAUUCAAGAAUUAACUCAUAAUAAUUCAUUACUUAAAUAAUAAUUAUUGUAAACAUAAAAGAAAAUAAAAGAAUUAACAACAGAAUUAUAAAUCAAAGAUUAAUAAUUAGUAGAAGUACUUAAUCAAAUUGAUGAAAUUAAAUUACAUAUGCAAUAAAAUAAUAAUAAAGAAGAUUAAUUAAAAGAAGCAAUGGAAUAUCUAGAAUUAAAAGAUUUAGAAAUUGAUAGAUUACAUAGAGAAUUAGAUAAUUACAAAAGAAAUCUAAAAGACAAUCCAUAAAUUAGAGAUCUAUAAAAUCUUUUAUUAGUUAUGUCUAGAAAUUUAUAAGAAAAAGAAUAAUAAUUAUUAAGAUAUUAAUAAUACAAUUGA